AUGAAAGUGCUAAAGGGGUAUGUUCAGAACCGUAAUCAUCCUGAAAGUUGCAUUGCUGAGCUGUAUAUAGCUGAAAAAGCUGUAGAGUUUUGCACCGAGCAUUUAUCUGAUGUUAGUACAGUUGGGGUGCCAUCAAGCCAGAAGAUGGGACUUUCAAAGCCCUUAUCAGGUUGCAUAGUGAGUUUAGUUUAUCGGAACUUGUUGAAUCAGGCACAUCUAUAUCUCUUGGAGAAUACGGAGGAAGUUCUACCUUAUAUCGAAGAACAUAUGAUCCACAUCAAGACCACUUAUCCAAUAUUUAGAAAGAGAAUAAAGUGGCUACAAGAUAAGCACAUUACCACUUUCAUUCAAUGGCUACGCUUUAAGUUGGUUUCUCCUAAUUCAUUCGAUAUCCCCUCUCGGGCUUAA